AUGGGAAAUCGCAUCUCAAAGAAGCGUCGCUUGCCCACCAUUAGCAGCACCAGUAGUGACAACAACGAUGGCUCAUUGUCCUUACAUAGUGGCUCACGCUCGUCCGAAAUGCGUGUUCCCAUUACUGAAGCCGAGGUUGAACGUCAACACUACUUGCACUUUUUAUUGAAGCAUAUUUUCCAAACCAACUAUUUUGCACCUAUUGAUCCUCUUGUGGCAAAACAACAACAACAACACAGUGAUGGAUCCAUGAUGGCGUUGGAUAUCAGUGGUGGUUAUUGCCCCACUUGGCUUAUGGAAAUGGGCCAAGUGUUCCCCCAGGUCCAAUUUCAUGGUGUCGAUGCCAACGAGUCUAUACCCCUGUACGAGUCAAAACAUGUGCCUGGCAACGUUCAUUUCGAGAAAAGCAACAUCCUCGACCACCUCGACUAUCCCGACAAUACUUUUUUCUAUGCUCAUCAACGCAUGAUGUACUUUUGUUACUAUGGCGACGAUAUACCCCAUGUAUUUAGUGAAUUGAAACGCGUCGUUAAACCUGAUGGAUGGGUGGAAUUGAUGGAGACUGAUGUGAUACCUAAACGCGCUGGGCCGAUGUUCAAGCAGUUACUAGAAAUAGCCGCUUAUCACUUGAAGGCACGACAGCAACUCUAUCAUGGUCCAGCACUGGUACGGGUUCUCAAGGAAAAUGGGUUUCAAGAUGUCACGGGUGACUAUCGUUCCAUUCCAGUAUGCUGGGGUGGUUAUAUAGGCAAGAUCAUGUAUGAGAACACGUUGACUGCAUUACGUGCCAUUGGACCUAUUAUUUACCAAGAAGUACUUGAUACGGAUGGGGAUUAUGUACAAGACGACUACGAUGAAUUCAUUGACAAGGCAUUCGACGAAUGCGUUACAUACCAAACAUUCUUUAAUAUCCACUGGGCUUAUGGAAGAAAGCCAUCGGCUACCACCACCACCACCACCACCCUCUCUAGGUAG